ACUUCACGACACGAAGGAAGACUAUAAGAAUUAUCGAAGAUAGAAAAUCGUUUUUUUUUUCGAAUGGCAUUUGUGUUGUUCUGAUCAUGGACGCGAGAACAGUGGAAAAAAAUUUUUUGAAAGUCAACAAAAUAUUCGGAUUAAUAACCGGUGUAUGGCCGUAUCAGAAUUAUCGGUCGAAAAUGGCGGAACGAUUCAUAAGUGUCACGGUGAUGAUGAGUGGUUUCGUGACACAGGUUGCAUAUCUUGUAUUGAAUCCCACUAUGGACAAAGCAGCAACGAACUUGCCUUAUUCUAUAGCAUCAUUUGGAACAUUUAUAAAAAUGGGUAAUUACUUUUUGGAUGAAACUAAGUUGACAACAAUACUGAAUCACAUAUUCGAAGAUUGGGCGGCGAUAAAAACCAAAGAAGAAUACGAGAUUAUGUACAAAUACUCACGAAAAGGAUUGCUCAUCACGAUAAGUUAUUUUCUGCACAUUGGUGUUACUGAAACAUUUAUGCUUAUAUGGCCCAUGAUACCGCCCAUUCUGGACAUCAUCAUGCCAUUAAACGUGUCACGGAAACGUAUAUUCUUGUACCCGGCUUAUUUCUGGUUGGACGACGAAAAGUACUACGUGCUUUUACUAGGACACAUGAUAAUCACCAUACUCAUGAUUUGCUUUAUAUUUUGCGCCUGCGAUACGAACUACGUGUACGCUGUGCAGCAUGCAUGCGGUUUGCUGGCAAUCGCCAAAUAUCGCUUUAAAAAUGUAUGCAAAGAUUUGAAAGAAGAUCAUGCCAUGCCAUUAGAGGAAAUCAAGUAUAAGAGUAUAUGCGAAUCGAUCAAGGCGCAUCAACACGCUUUGAAAUACCUGAAGCUAAUCGAAAAUAGUUACCAUACGUAUUUAUUCGUUUCUAUGGGACUGCUGAUAAUGGCCAUUAGCGUGUCGUUAUUAGAGGUGGCAAAUGGGAAAAAUGGUUCGAGAGAAUUAGUGCAAGCUACAUUUUUGUUCGCUCAAUUAUUCCACACGUUCAUUCUCACCGUUCAAGGACAAUUCGUGAUAAACGAAUUACAAGAUGUUUAUGAAUCCAUAUACGAAUCCCCAUGGUACACUUUUUCACCUAGAAUUCGAUCGUUAUACGUGUUAUCAUUGAGAAGUUGCCUAAAUUUUCCCACGUUAACAGCCGGUGGCCUGAUCGUAUUGAAUUUACAAUCUUUCGCAGAGAUAAUCAAAGCAGCUGUUUCCUAUUAUACAGUAAUGCAAACGACAAUUUGCCAAUUUGUUCUUUCUGACAUUUUCAAAUGGAGAUUAAAUUUUGUAAAUGGAAACGUACGCGUUGUAACAAUGCAUUUUAGCAAUUUUCAAAAGAGAUGCAUUUCAAUUGAAAGAUAUGAAUUAUUGACAAACGUUAAAGCGUGCAUUUAUCUUCGAGGUCCGACUUGGUCUAUAGAAUCAUCGAAACGAUUAAUGAGAGUAGCGGCUUCUUUCUUAUGCUUCAGUCGGCUCAGUCUAGAUUUCAUCAUGGAUUCGGAUAUGUUGGAGAAGCGAUUUCUAAAGAUCACAAAAAGAUUCGCGAAGUUGAGUGGUAUUUGGCCCGAUCAAAAUAAGUAUCUCAAAUACAUUUCGUGGAUUAUUAUAUACAUUAUUAGUAUACCUUCUGUUGUUGUACAGGUAGCAAGGAUUGUACAUAUAUCUACUGUAAACGUGAUAGUAGAGCAAUCAGGUAUUGCAACUGCGAUAUUUCUGUUGCUAUUAAAAGAGGCUAACUAUAUUUUGAAUGCAACGAAGGUUAAGUCUCUGUUCAACGAUAUGUACAUGGAUUGGAUGAUGGAUCGGCCAAAAGAAGAACUUGAGAUUAUGUCAACAUAUGCCCAAAGAGGAUCUUUUCUUGCAACGUUCUAUCUUAUAAACGCAUACUGUUGCUCACUUUUAUUCUUACAAGUGCCAUGGACAGCUCGUUUGUCGUACAUGAUAAAAUCACAAAACACGUCCCCGCCUAUGUUACAUGUCAUACCAGGUUACUAUUUUGUCGAUGAUGACCGCGACUAUUAUUACCUCAUCCAACUGCACAUGAGCCUUUCGAUAAUCAUGGUGGUUAUCGUGUACGUCGCCUAUGAUACUUGUUACAUGGUAUUCGUGCAACAUGUUUGCGGAUUAUUGGCCGUGGCUGGAUAUCGGUUCAAACACGCGAUCGACGAUUCUGCUUCGAAGAAUUCCGAGGAAAAGAUAAGAGAGACGUGUAAAAGAAUACGUUCCUCUAUUCAAGGGCACGAACGAGCUAUAAGGUAUUUAAAGAAAAUCGAGGAUACACAUGUUAAUUUACUUUUUAUAUCUUUGGGUCUGAUAAUCAUGUGUUUUAGUAUCACGUUACUAAAGGUCGUUACGAUGGACUAUUGUUUGGAUUUUUAUAAAUAUUCCAGCUUUUUGAUCGUUCAAUUGAUGCACUUGUGUUAUGUGAUGAUUCAAGGACAAUUCGUGAUAGAUUCGUGCAAUGAGAUUUACUGUUCAAUAUACGAAGCGUCAUGGUACAAUAUCAAUCCAAAAAUACAAGCUUUAUACAUAUUAGCAUUGCGAAGAAGUCUAACUCCACCUCGUUUAACCGCUGGUGGUUUAAUAGAAUUGAAUAUGCAAAGUUUCUCAGAAGUAAUAAAACUAUCUGUUUCGUAUUAUACAGUAUUAAGAUCGACGUAAAAACAAAAAAAUUUAUAUAAAAUAUUUAUACGAUGA